GCCCUCUGGAGAGAGCGGCGGGGAGAGGCUGCUGCGGAGAGCCGCAUGUCAAUGAGGGCCGGGCUAAUGCAAAUCACCGCCAGCGGCAGCAGCCGAAGAAAGGCGAAGCAGCUGCAGCCCGGGCUCCCUCCCCAGCAGCAGCUCUGCAGCCGGGGGAGGCGUAACAAAGGCGCCCGAGCCGCUUGCCGCGGCUGCUCCCGCGAUCGCAGCCGGGUGGUCGCCGGCGGCGGGGGGGAAGGCGCCGCUCCUCAGCCGCCUCCCAGCUCGCUUCGCCGCCGCCCCUUUCUCCUUCCCUCCGCGCCCCGCCGGCAGGUCCGAGGGAGAAGCGGUCGUCGGGCUGCGGAGAGCAGAUUGAACUUCAAGAUGUCCUUUGGGAGAGAUAUGGAGCUGGAGCAUUUUGAUGAGCGUGAUAAAGCGCAGCGGUAUGGCAGAGGGUCCCGGGUGAAUGGUUUGCCCAGCCCUACCCACAGUGCCCACUGCAGCUUUUACCGAACCCGCACUCUACAGACCCUGAGUUCUGAGAAAAAAGCCAAGAAAGUUCGCUUCUAUCGUAACGGAGACCGGUAUUUCAAAGGGAUUGUAUAUGCUAUCUCCCCUGACCGGUUUAGAUCUUUUGAAGCUCUGCUGGCUGAUCUGACCCGAACUCUGUCUGACAAUGUGAAUCUGCCCCAGGGAGUGAGAACAAUCUACACGAUUGAUGGCUCCAAGAAGAUUUCCUCCUUGGACCAGCUAGUAGAAGGGGAAAGCUAUGUAUGUGGUUCAAUAGAACCCUUCAAGAAACUGGAGUACACGAAGAAUGUAAACCCAAACUGGUCAGUGAAUGUUAAGACAACCUCUACUUCUCGCUCAGUGCCGUCUCUUGCCACUGCUAAAGGAGGUACUCCAGAUGCAAAAGAAAAUAAGGAUUUCAUUAGGCCUAAACUAGUCACUAUCAUCAGGAGUGGAGUGAAACCACGGAAGGCAGUCCGGAUUCUGCUUAACAAGAAGACAGCACAUUCAUUUGAACAGGUUCUUACUGAUAUAACUGAUGCCAUCAAGCUGGAUUCAGGGGUGGUCAAACGCUUGUACACACUAGAUGGAAAACAGGUGAUGUGCCUUCAGGAUUUCUUUGGCGAUGAUGACAUUUUUAUUGCAUGUGGACCGGAAAAGUUCCGUUACCAGGAUGACUUCUUGCUGGAUGAAAGUGAAUGUCGGGUGGUGAAAUCUACUUCCUAUACCAAAAUAGCUUCAAGUUCACGUAGGAGCACCACCAAGAGCCCGGGUCCAUCCCGACGCAGCAAGUCUCCUGCUUCUACCAGCUCAGUGAAUGGAACCCCUGGUAGCCAACUUUCCACCCCCCGCUCUGGGAAGUCUCCAAGCCCAUCUCCCACCAGCCCAGGAAGCCUACGGAAACAGAGGAGCUCCCAACACAGUGGCUCCUCUACCUCAUUAGCAUCCACCAAAGUUUGCAGCUCUAUGGAUGAAAAUGAUGGACCUGCAGAAGAAGUGUUGGAGGAAGGUUUCCAGGUUCCAGCAUCGAUAGCAGAGCGAUAUAAAGUUGGAAGGACUAUAGGAGAUGGAAAUUUUGCUAUUGUGAAGGAGUGUAUAGAAAGGUCAACUGGUAGAGAAUAUGCUCUGAAAAUAAUCAAAAAAAGUAAAUGCAGAGGAAAAGAACACAUGAUACAGAAUGAGGUAUCUAUUCUAAGACGAGUCAAGCAUCCCAAUAUUGUACUUCUGAUUGAGGAGAUGGACAUGCCAACCGAGUUGUACCUUGUCAUGGAACUUGUAAAGGGAGGAGAUCUGUUUGAUGCUAUUACUUCCACCAACAAAUACACAGAGCGGGAUGCCAGUGGGAUGCUUUACAAUCUGGCCAGUGCUAUCAAAUAUCUUCACAGCCUGAACAUUGUCCACAGAGAUAUCAAGCCGGAGAAUCUCCUGGUUUAUGAACACCAAGAUGGAAGCAAGUCUCUGAAGUUAGGAGACUUUGGCCUAGCAACCAUUGUGGAUGGACCUCUCUACACUGUUUGUGGGACCCCAACAUACGUAGCUCCAGAAAUCAUUGCUGAAACUGGAUAUGGCUUGAAGGUGGACAUCUGGGCAGCGGGAGUGAUUACUUACAUCCUGCUCUGUGGUUUUCCUCCGUUCCGUGGAAGUGGAGAUGACCAGGAAGUGCUUUUUGAUCAGAUUUUGAUGGGACAGGUGGAUUUUCCAUCUCCGUACUGGGACAACGUUUCUGACUCUGCAAAGGAACUUAUCACAAUGAUGCUUCAAGUAGAUGUAGAUCUGCGGUUCUCAGCCUUGCAAGUUCUUGAACAUCCAUGGGUUAACGAUGAUGGUCUUCCAGAGAAUGAACAUCAGCUAUCAGUAGCUGGGAAGAUAAAGAAGCAUUUCAACACAGGCCCUAAACCGAACAGCACAGCAGCUGGAGUUUCUGUCAUAGCACUGGACCACGGGUUUACCAUCAAGAGAUCAGGGUCUUUGGACUACUACCAACAACCAGGAAUGUAUUGGAUAAGACCACCGCUCUUGAUAAGGAGAGGCAGGUUUUCCGACGAAGACGCAACCAGGAUGUGAGGGGACGAUACAAGGCACAGCAAGCUCCACCUGAACUCAACUCCGAAUCGGAAGACUAUUCACCAAGUUCAUCCGAGACUGUUCGCUCACCUAAUUCACCCUUUUAAUAAAACACUUUUACUCAAAAGUCUUGGCUUUAACCCUUUGAGACCCUGAAAAUCCUUCAGACCUGUGUGAGGUGAUUACAUCCGAUCUAUCCAGCACUACCUGCUGGGAUGUUGGAACACAAAAGGGUGCUUACAGAAUCUUUGUAAGAAUAAUUUCCUAAUUGAUUGAAAUACUUGUUCUCUGUUUAGAUUGCAACUUGCUGCUAACAUGAUCCUCAAAGGGUUAAGGCUAUUUUGCUUUUUUAUUUCAAGAUAGAAGCAGUGAAUGUUUUCAUCAGUGAAGCUAGGAACUGCAGUAUGUAAUUUUAGCACAUGUUAACCCUCUGAGUAAAUGAUCAACUUAAAUCUUGACAGCCCACAUUAGGGCUUUAUUCUGGCUUUUUUGCUUUUAUACGCACAUAUCUUUUAUGGUACCCUAAAGUUCCUUGCUAGUUUCUGGCCAAAACAAUAUCUAACACACUCUUGCUUACAGGCUUUAAAAAUAAAAAUAAAGUGAAAUCAACAUAUCUUCCACUGCAGCUCAUUCUAAACCUGCAUUAUACGUCCAUAGAAAAUUGACUGUUGUUGGAAGAUACUGUGCAGAAUAAAUGGGAAAUUCAGUUCAGGGCAGCCUCAAAGUUUACAGAAGAUGACAUGAUGAUGGCCACAAAAGGUUGCUUCCAUAUUGUUUACUACUAAUGACAAUGCAGUGUCUUGGGAAAUGGCUUGAGGAUAUGUUCUGUCAUGUAAUGGUAUGUAAUGAUCUGGCUGAGAAGUUCCUGGAUCUUUUGCCUCACAUUCAAAAAUGUACAGACAUCCUCUCAGCAUUAUCUGAUUAUUCCAUAGAUAGCCACAGUUAUUGAUGUGGCAAGAGUUAAAGAUUAAAAUUGAGAAUUACCCUUAAAAUAGCUAGAUUAUUUCUAAAUUGGGGAAGACAAAGUCAUUUAAUAUAUAUGUAAAGCCUAACCUGCAUUAGUGAAAGUUUUGUCUGAGAGUGGAUAAACUAAAAGACUCACCAGUUAUAUUUGUAAUAUUUCAUAAAAUGGGCAUUUACACAAAAUAUACAUAUUUUCCAUUUGUUAAAACCUUAAUAUAGCAUUAUAGCAUUUAACUAUAAUCAUAAAAUUGGCUUCCACAGAAAUAGUAAGCUUCAUAGACUUUUGCUUCAAAUGUGAUAGUUUGAAAGAAAAAUGAUUAUAAAUUCACUCAAAAUUCCACUGGAAUGAAAAAUGCAGCUUCCAAAAUCCUAUUCUAAAAUAAAAUAAAAUAAAAUAAAUAAUAAUAAAAAAAAACAUUAAAUUUAUACUUUAUCUUAUUGCUCACAUGAAAUUGACGAUAUUUCAUGUUUUCCUCUCUAAAGUUAAAAUUUUGUCAUGGUGUUUUUAGAGUCAUAAAAAUGUGGUUUCCUCUUUCUUCCUACCUCCUUCCCCCCUUUUUUCCUCUUUCCUUGUCCCUUUCUCUUUCAUAUCUUAAAAAUAGAAAUAUCAAUAUGCUGCCCAAAAAGAUAUGCAGACUUUGCUGAUCUUGCUGGGAAGUAUAAAUAAAGUUUGGAGGAACAGGGCAAGUUGCCUAGAGCGCAGUUUCUGUUCUGAGUUGUGUUUGUACACGGACCUAUCACUAUGAGCAGUUGUGGUACUGAACUUGCAGCUUGUUGGAUCUGGUGUUAAUGCUCUUUUGCAUUUCUAGUUGCAAGUAUCAAAUGAAUUGUACUUUAAAAAACAUUGAAAUUGUUUUGUUUCUCCACCCUUUAAAAUGCAUCUUUCAUUGCCUACAUCAUGAAAAUUUGUAUAUUAAAAGCUUUGAAGAUUUUGGAUACAAGAAUUUCAUCUUGUGAAUCUUCACACAAGUGAUACAAGUAUUUCAUACAGAAUGCAAUUAACUUCACCCAAUGUUAAACUAGAAGUGAGAUAUUUAGUGUUAAUUAGAUCUCCAGACUUCUUGGCAAUACAGGGAGAUAAGCAUUUCCAGGUUUGAUUCAUCCCAUCUGUCAUGGGCACACAUUUUAGGAAGGACUCAUGCUUUGAUUCACCUAUUGCUCCCGCUCCUUUGAGUAUAGAAGGAAGCACUGAUAGAAGCUUACAUCAGACACUAAACUUCACAUGAUUGAGUUUACUAGGUCGAAUUGCACCCUAAGUCAUUAGGAGACUGAUCUCUGAAUACACACCCACAGGCAGAAGCCCAGUGCCGGCACAUGGGCUCAGUUAUUCUAGUUGGAACCCGAAUAACAACAUUUUAACCUAAGUGAAGCAAAUAGGUGUCUUGUUGGAGAACUCCACAGGUGCAAGAGGUGAAGGAAUAAAGGAACUGCCAUACCUAAGUCUUCAGACUUUUGGGUUUGGGAAAGGGCUGCAUUUAUGCAUUAUCCUUGAUCAUGCCCAUCCAACUCUAGAGUCCCUUCAGAGAGAAGUCCCUUGGUUGAUAGGGCACAGCCACUGCCAUUGUGAUGUUAAUGGCCAUAGUUUGAUAACAUUUGGAUAGGACAGGGAUCAUUUUAUCAUGGGACCAAACUCUCUGCUAAGGUAAAUUCUCACUUGCCAUUUACUUAUCUACAUCACUUUUUAGUAGGUCAGGAUCUGGCACGUGUUUUUCCAGAAUGGUCCUUCCCACAUCGUAUUACAGCUAUCCCUUUAGAAUAGAUGCAGCUCAACCAUGUAAAUGCUAGACACACAUUUGGUAACAAAAAGCUGUCCAUUAAUACCACAUGCUCCUUGACUGCUGGGAAAAUUUGGCAGGCUUAAAGCAAAGGCUAAUGGUCAUUCUUCUUAAUUAGAGAGGGAGAUCGGGAGAAAAAAAUAAUAUAAAAACACAUUUCACCUUACACAGGAGAAAUAUUAUUCAAAAACCCAUCUGGGAUUUUUGUAUCGCCUUUGCUUUGCUUUGGAAUACAGGGUUGUCAUUAAAAUAAGAUGUUUGGCUCCUUCAUCUUACACCAUCUUGCACUACUUAAAAUGUAUGUAGAAAUAAUCCUAGAUCCUGAAAUCCCUACUCAUCCCCAGCGUCUUCUGUGUUUCUGAUCUUUGGUUCAUGUUUUAUGAACAUAACUAUAGAAAUAUUUAUUUUAAGUUAUUUUAAGGUCUGUGAGAGAUUGAGUUUCAGACUGCUGAUAGCCUCUUUUUAGGCUUCAAGGAAAAGUGUCUGAAUAUUUAAACUGUUUUAAAAGAGGUUUUCAUGCUGGUUUUAAAUAUAUUUGUAUAUAUUUUAAAUGUAACCAUAUAUAUCUAUAUAUACGUAUGGUUUUGUGGAUAUAGUAAUGGUUCAGGCUUGUUUGCUAGCAUCUGCCCCUCUUCUUGUGUAACCUCUAAAUUUCUGGGGUAAGUGAAGGCAGAAUACAUGGCCUAAAAAUAGUUGAAACACUAUUGGGAAAAGAAAAAAGAAAAAAAAAAAAAAAAGAUAAUAAUCAAAGAAUCAGAAUAUUUCUAAUGUGAUAAACUGAGAGACAAUAUAGCACACCUUGGUCAUUUUAUUGUAACACAUACCAGUUCUCCUGACUGCUUCCUUCAUUUCACUUUUGAAUCUUCUUUGCAUCGUAUUGGUGCUAAAUGUGAUGAGUUUUGGUAUUUUUUGUUUCAUUGGUUUUGUUUUGUUUUGAAUGCAUAUUAUGUAUAGAAGACUAGCUUCCUCCCACCAAGCUUAUGUAGUUAACUGAGAUGGAUGGCAGUCAUGGUAGGCACCAUCCAUCAUGAAGGAGAUGGAGAGAAGCACGUCCACAGGGUGACUCAGGUCAUCUAAUAUUUGGUCUUGAAAUGCCUGUCGGUCUGAUCUAAGUACUAACAGGAGAAUAGAACAGGAUCACUUCCAGCUUCAUUCCUCUCAAUUAAAUGUGAGUGGGGAUAACGUGGACUCCACCCUAAGUGCAAUAUUCCAGUGAGUUUGCACACAGUAAGCAAACUUUAAUGUUAAAAUGUAGUGAUACGUCAUAGGUGAUAGCACAGUGAAAUGGUCCUGAAAUGGGCUUCCUCUCAUCUAGAUGCAUCCAUCCAAGAGUUAAGCAUCUAAUCUAAGGCAAUCAUCUCAGCUUCCCUUAUGGUUCCCUUAUAGAGACUAGCUUCUCUAGCGGAUAAUUAAAGUUCUAGGAUGGAAGAAUUGCUCACUAGAUGAGGUGGCUAGCCCGAAUAUAUUUUGAACAUGAUUUAAUAGUUCAUGACAUAGAAAUUAAUUUCUCAGUUAAAAUUUUCAUAGCAUUAAUGUACAAAAAAAAUCCAGAAUACCAUGGUUAUACUCAGAGGGUUAACAGAAAAGCACAAGGCAUGCUGAUUACAUUGGUGUAUCCAAACUGCUUUGCUUUUUUAGCCAGUGUUUGCUGAUUUUUUCAGAAAAUUCUUGAAAAAUUUCAAGUUUGAAAUAAUUUAAGUGUUGUUGUUUAAGGAAUUUCUAUAACCAAAUUAAUCUUAUUUUUAGCUUAACUUAUCACAGGAAUAAUAUGUAUCAUUGAUGCAGUGUAAGUCUGUAGUUCUCAAUUUUAUUAAUUCCACAAGUGAUUCCAGAAAUCUCUCUUUUUUUAAGUACUUACUCUAGAGCUUACAAUGGUGGCAUAGGUGACUGAGACUGUCUUUCUUAUUGGUAAACAAACAAUAUUGUAAUUUCAAGAAAGUCCUAAGAAUCAGCUUUUCAGUUUGGUAGUGUACUAGUUAGGGGAAAGCUAUCUAUCUCAUGACAUGCAUUGUGUAAAUCAUCUUUGUAGAUGAAGAUCGUUCAUAUUAAUGAACACUUUCUUUUUCCUUGACAUUGUAGCAGAAACUGUUUACUUGUUAAUGAACAACCAAUACAUUAAUUUGCUUCAGACUGUUAGAGGGGAAAGUGAGAUUCCAGUCAUUGACAAUGUUAUUGCUUUACAGUAGCCCUCAUCUAAUUUAAAUGUGGUGCAUACUACAAUAAGCAAAGCCAAACCUGUGAAUAAACUCCUGAAAAAGCC